CCUGGCCGCCCGGGGCCGAGGCGACGUGAGGUUGUAAAAAUCCAUGUGGGUCCGCCCCGGGGCGAGCAUCCGAAAGAUCUCUCUGAUUGGAGUCAUUUUCUGGUACAGACUAUGAGUAAAAUGCAGUGAAAAUUCUGACCAACAGUGGAAAUAUUGGCUUAAUCCCCAGCUUACUGUAGCAAUCCUUCUCCUCAGUAUCACCUCAUAAUAGAAGAAAAAUGUACGGAAGUGCAAGAACAAUAACCAAUCUGGAAGGGAGCCCUUCUAGAUCUCCUCGUUUGCCAAGGUCUCCUCGUUUGGGCCACCGAAGAACAAGUAGUGGGGGAGGUGGAGGAACAGGCAAGACUCUGUCCAUGGAGAACAUCCAGUCCCUUAAUGCAGCCUAUGCUACGUCUGGGCCCAUGUAUCUGAGUGAUCAUGAGGGGGUGGCUUCGACAACUUACCCGAAGGGCACCAUGACUCUGGGAAGAGCCACAAAUAGAGCUGUAUAUGGAGGUCGUGUCACAGCCAUGGGGAGUAGUCCCAAUAUUGCUUCUGCUGGACUUUCCCACACAGAUGUCCUUUCAUACACAGAUCAACAUGGUGGUCUGACCAGUUCAUCCCAUCAUCACCACCACCAGGUCCCCUCUAUGUUGAGGCAGGUAAGGGAUAGCACAAUGUUAGACCUUCAAGCCCAGCUCAAGGAACUUCAGAGAGAGAAUGAUCUCCUUCGGAAAGAGCUAGACAUCAAGGACAGCAAAUUGGGAUCUUCCAUGAAUAGUAUCAAGACCUUCUGGAGUCCUGAGCUCAAGAAGGAGAGAGUCUUGAGGAAGGAAGAAGCAGCCCGUAUGUCUGUCCUCAAGGAACAGAUGAGGGUUUCCCAUGAAGAAAAUCAGUUACUGGAUGCCAGAAGAACCAAGCACCUGCAAUUGACAAUCCAGGCCCUUCAGGAUGAGCUUCGAACCCAGAGAGACCUCAACCACCUCCUGCAGCAAGAGAGUGGCAAUCGAGGAGCCGAGCACUUCACCAUUGAGCUGACUGAGGAGAACUUCCGGCGCCUGCAAGCUGAGCAUGACAGACAGGCUAAGGAGCUGUUCCUAUUGAGGAAGACCUUGGAGGAAAUGGAGCUGAGAAUCGAAACACAGAAACAGACCCUCAAUGCCCGAGAUGAGUCAAUUAAAAAGCUUCUUGAGAUGUUACAAAGUAAAGGCUUGCCGUCCAAAAGUCUUGAGGAUGACAAUGAACGGACACGGCGGGUGGCAGAGGCUGAGUCUCAAGUUAGCCACUUGGAGGUGAUUUUAGACCAGAAGGAGAAGGAAAACAUACAUCUUAGAGAGGAACUGCACCGAAGAAGCCAACUUCAGCAGGAGCCAGCCAAGACGAAGGCUCUCCAGACUGUCAUUGAAAUGAAGGAAACUCCAAAUUUUAAUUUUGAUCCCGAUUUGGUCUGGCAGGACACAAAAAUUGCUUCAUUGGAGCGAAACAUAAGGGAUCUUGAGGAUGAGAUCCAGAUGUUAAAAGCCAAUGGUGUGCUGAACACUGAGGACCGUGAAGAAGAGAUCAAACAAAUAGAAGUUUACAAAAGUCACUCCAAGUUCAUGAAAACCAAGAUUGAUCAGCUGAAGCAGGAACUUUCAAAGAAGGAGUCAGAACUUCUUGCCUUACAAACAAAGCUUGAAACCCUUAGCAAUCAAAAUUCAGAUUGCAAGCAACACAUUGAAGUGCUUAAAGAGUCACUUACUGCCAAAGAACAGAGGGCUGCCAUUCUUCAAACGGAGGUAGAUGCACUGAGAUUAAGACUGGAAGAGAAAGAAUCUUUUCUCAAUAAAAAAACAAAGCAACUGCAGGACCUCACAGAAGAGAAGGGGACACUGGCUGGGGAGAUUCGAGACAUGAAGGAUAUGUUAGAAGUGAAGGAAAGAAAAAUCAAUGUUCUUCAGAAAAAGAUUGAAAACUUGCAAGAACAACUUAGGGAUAAAGACAAGCAACUGACCAAUCUGAAAGACAGAGUGAAGUCCCUGCAGACAGAUUCCAGUAAUACAGACACUGCCCUGGCGACACUGGAGGAGGCUCUGUCAGAGAAGGAAAGAAUAAUUGAACGUUUGAAAGAGCAGCGAGAGAGAGAUGAUCGGGAAAGACUAGAAGAGAUAGAAUCUUUCCGAAAAGAGAACAAAGACCUAAAAGAGAAGGUCAAUGCUUUACAAGCUGAACUGACUGAAAAAGAGUCUAGUUUAAUUGACCUCAAGGAACAUGCAUCUUCAUUAGCCUCAGCAGGGCUGAAAAGGGACUCUAAAUUAAAAUCUCUAGAAAUAGCCAUCGAACAAAAGAAAGAAGAAUGUAGCAAACUGGAGGCACAGUUAAAAAAGGCUCAUAAUAUUGAAGAUGACUCCAGGAUGAACCCCGAGUUUGCAGACCGAAUAAAACAGCUCGAUAAAGAGGCAUCUUAUUACCGUGAUGAAUGUGGCAAGGCCCAAGCAGAAGUUGACCGGUUGCUGGAGAUCCUCAAGGAGGUGGAGAAUGAAAAGAAUGACAAAGACAAGAAGAUUGCAGAACUUGAGAGGCAUAUGAAGGAUCAGAAUAAGAAGGUGGCUAACCUCAAGCACAAUCAACAGUUGGAAAAAAAGAAGAAUGCCCAGUUAUUGGAAGAAGUCCGCAGGCGAGAAGACAGCAUGGCUGACAACACACAGCACUUGCAGAUAGAGGAACUGAUGAACGCAUUGGACAAGACCAGGCAGGAAUUGGAUGCCACCAAGGCACGUCUCGCCUCCACGCAGCAAUCCCUGGCUGAAAAGGAAGCUCAUUUGGCCAACCUCCGAAUAGAAAGGAGAAAACAGCUAGAGGAGAUCCUGGAGAUGAAACAGGAAGCGCUGCUUGCGGCAAUCAGUGAAAAAGAUGCAAACAUUGCCUUGCUGGAAUUGUCUGCCUCCAAAAAGAAAAAGACGCAGGAAGAAGUCAUGGCCCUCAAGCGGGAGAAAGACCGACUGGUGCAUCAGUUAAAGCAGCAGGUUUAUAGACCUAGGAAACAGGCCCUGAGCUCGAAUAUACCAUGCACUUGUGAUGCUUGCUACAGCCCAGAUAUUACGGCCAAGUACCACGGGUCCAGCUACGAUGCAUACAUGAUCCAAAGGUCUCAGACCCAGAACAGAAUGAAGCUGAUGGCAGACAACUAUGACGAGGACCACCACCAUUACCACCACCACCACCAUCACCACCACCACCGAUCUCCUGGGAGGUCGCAACAUUCCAAUCACAGGCCCUCUCCCGACCAGAUGAUCCAGCUCUGUUGGAGGCACGGAGGCACAGUCAAAUCUCAUGCUGUACAUUGAUCACCUGUCCAACCUUUGCCUAGAGUGGGAGCCCCCAGUUCCUUCAAGAGAUCCAACUUUACCUGUCUGUAAAGAAGAAGAGGAGGAGGGAGACAGCGGGAGGAUCCGGUGGCAGUGUAACACCAGAGCAGGUCCAAUGUUUACUUUUACCCUUUUGGAGCUAUCAGAAGGGCUGACUAAAGGGAAAACUCAGCUCUGCAGCAAUAUUCUGAUAAUCUAUUGCAGUGUGGCUCACAUCACCGUCCAUCACCACCUGGAAUGCUCAUCGGGACUGAAGAGGAGUCUCACUUCCAUUACUGAGCACGAUUCUGUUCUACCUGAUAUUUCCUUCAUCAUCUCAUGUCGCUCCAUUGGUUGGAAGGAAGAAUGUGGCAGAGGAGAAAAGUGUUAGAUCUUCCUUUUUUUUUUUUUUUGGCCAGGAUUUGGGCAUUUAAAGUUGGAUCAUCUCUUCUGAAUGUCAUUAUUUGAUAACAUUUUAUUUAUGUUACUUCAACAUCAUUGACUAAAUUUUGAAUUCCACGGGAUUUCAACUGUGAAUUCAGCUUCUACUGGACAACUAGCUUCAUCUCCAGUUUUUCUGCUGGUUCAGUCUAAGUGGUCAUUCCUAAAUGCACUAGAUUAUCAAAAGGUAUGAAUUCUGUGAGUGAGUGAGUGAGUGAGUGGUGUUGGCAGUGUUUGUAUAUCAAGAUGCAUGGAGUGUUUGACAAAGAAACCAAAACACCAAAAAUGGCGAGCCUUUACCCUCCUCUAUUUCUUUAAUCUGCUGUUCAAAGAACCACAUUUUGAUGGUGUAACCAGUAGUUACCUCUGGGCCAGGUUGGAAAUGAAAUCAAUUUUUUAAACCACUAAUACUUGCCAAGAAAUCGCCUUAUGAGAACAUGGUGUGUGUCUCUGACAAUGUGUGGCACAUCUAAAUUGAUCAUUCAUGAUUUUAUCGACCCUGUUUCUGUACUGGAGAGUGGCAAAAGCCUGAGGCACCUGCCUAGUUCUGUUCUGCGUGCUCCAUGCACCCCCGCGGCUCGGGAAUGGCCAAGCCUCAGACUCUUACUAUUCCCGUACGUUCAGGUCUCCAUGAAGAAGCUGGGACUCAUUCUCAUUUCCAGAUCCAAAUGCUGUGCAAACAGUGUGAGCUUAGUAGAUCUUCUGUAAAUGAAAGGUCAUUUCUCAAUUUUUAAAAAAUGUCUCCAACAUGGAUUCCAAUGCAUUUUCAGCAUCAAACAUGAAAACAUUGAUGAAUGAGAAAUAAUCACAAAAGCUGUGUAUCUGUAUAUAGCUCUACAACAUGUUUGUGGGCACAGAGUCAUUAUUUAAAGCACAUGCCAGGAAAAGAGACCAAAUUUUGAGGUCUUUUACAUACAGUGACAUGGUACUAAGGAGAACUAAACUCCUACUGCUUCCUCUGAAGAUUAAAAAGAAAUUAAAGUGUUAUAACUUCAUAAAACUCAUGACCAAGUCUGGCAAACAUGUGCAACUCUUGUAUUGAUCCAUUUUUUUCUUUGUCAAUGGAAGAAACCCUUCCACGUGUAUGCAAGUGGGAGAUGAAAAUCUGCAUUUUUAAAGGACAAACAGUGAAUUUAAGCAUGAGUGGCCUUAAUAAAUAUAAUUGUCUUUCUUUGCUGCUGUGGAAAGGAUUCUAAACAGAUGUUUCUGAAGUCUUGCAUUGAAUUUAGUUGUUAUUAUUACUUUUUCAAAUGUUGGUGCAAUUAACUGGACCUCUCCCGUGAGCCAUAGAGAUAUUUGAAGACACCUUAUUUGUCAGGAAAGACGAAACUGUGUCUGAGUUGCACUGUUCAUCCUUGGUGCAUUAGGAGUAAUCUAUUCAAGCAGGUUUCUUGCUUCUGGCUUUGUUCUUGUUCUAAGUAUAGUGAGCUCUGUAAAGCUUAUGUGUUGCAUAAACCAUCCAAAUACAUUCAUGUUUUAAAAGUUUGUCCUUUAACUAUCAACGGGGUAUAGGUCUUGAUUGGAAAAACGAGCAGAACUCUUUGCACAUGUAUUUAGCACAUUUUGACACAAUGUUGCACUGAAAACCCAGGUCACAAAUGUGGCCCUAUGAACGGUUUGGAAGUCCUCACAUAGAUGGUCCUCACUGCCUCUUACAGCCAAGUCCUGACCUGAUCUCUGCAACUGAAGACUUGAAGUAGGAAGUGGAAGAUCCACUAGGGAAAUAGGGUCCUUGAAACAGACAAAAGCAUACUGUUAGCUAUUUCUAAGUAUGUGCCAAUUUCAUUACAGCUAUUGUUUGGGGAACCAUUUUUGCCCCACUUGUGUUUAUUAAAAAUAUUACUGAUCUUACCUUUAUGGGGGGUAUAUCAUUUAGCCCCUGGAAAAUUAAAUUCUGUCUAACAUAGCAUCUCUUCCCAUUUCAUGUAACAUUCCUGAUGUUUGGAGGUCACAAAAAUUCUCUUUUAAUAUAUUAAAAAUAGUCUCUGGGUUUACGACAAACACUGUGAUGUUGGGAAGACACUUCCUUUGUGCAAACUUUAGUAGGUCACCCUCUAAUCAUAAUGAAGUUGGAAAUAAAAGAAGUUGAGGCUAACGGUUGGGAGAAGGUGGUCUUCUCGCCUUGUGCAAAAGCAGGCUUGUCCUUUAUACCCGAUUUGAUUUCCUUGUACAGUCUCGAUUUUGUAUUUAAUGAUUUUUUGUGUAUCCAGUAUGCACGUGAACAGCGUGUCAACUUUCAUUUGGAAGUGGGUUUCAACUUACUUUUUAAACAGUGUUUAUGACAAGACCUCAGCUGUGUUGACAUAAGUUCUAUCUGAGAUGUUUCUGUGUCGAGUGGCGUUUGAAUGCUGCCAGGGGUCAGUGUAUCUAAUUCCCAGAGACCCUCGUUUGAUAGUGCUUCUUGUAAUAUUUCUUCAAGUGAGUGGCAUGUGGGUUGUGAUAUUGACUAUGUGAUUAUGGACUUUGAUAGGAAAUAAAUAACUAAAUAAAACUAAGGAACCCUCAGAAACUACCAGUGGGCAUGUAUUAGCCAGUCAUUGUAACCUCUUGUCUAGUAGAAGUACAAUGUGCAAGAUAUGUACAGUUCAUAAAUUUGUUAUCAUGUGUAUGAGAAGUACUUUGU